ACCCAUAGUGCAUUGCUUUGUAGCCACACGUGCUCGAUCCAACAUGUCAGCGCCUGUUGGGACGAUGGCCGAAGACGCAAGCAGUGAAGAUGAAGAUCUAGAACAUUUUAAGGAAGCAGCUUGGAGUUUUGGCACAUAUGGAACUAAUGGUACACACAAUGCCAACCCGGCAGAUGGGGUAAGCAAUGUCAAGCAAUCCCGUCGUGUGGCUGUAUCUAAACAUGAACAUGAUGGGAACGAGUUGCAGACGACCCCGGAGUUCCGUGCGCACGUUGCAAAGAAAUUAGGGGCUAUGCUUGACAGUUGUAUUUCAGUGAUCUCUGCAGAAACAUCAAGACCCUGCACAGAGUCAACCAAAUGUGAAGAUGGUUUCCGGCUGUUCACCACAUCUGUCCCAGGAGAAUUUACUAUUGAGCCCCCUCCUCCUGUAAGGCGCAGGCCCAUCCCCAGCUCAAGUGACAGUGACAGUGAAAUGGAAAUGAGACUGAGAGAGGCAGCAGUGUCAGUCACAGACCUCCUAUCAGCAGCUCUCCCCAGCGCGGUUACACAUUCCCUGCCGGAGUCCCCCAGCUCAGAGAAAAUUAUGAUGAAGAACAACAAAGGAGAUGAGGCAGAAAGAGAGGACCAUAAUAACAGCCCUGUCCCUAAGAAAAGGAAAGCUCUCCAGGGGGAGUGUGGAGAGGUAGAGCACUGUGGAGAAUCCUCACCUAAUGCUAAGACCGAUGAGGAGCAGAAGAGGCCAGAAGAGGACAUUAUACCCCUGAAGAAGAAGAAGAAGAAGAAGAAGAAGAAGAAAAAGGCACAGAUGAUAGAUGGAGUGUAAAAGCACUGAGAGACUUGAGGGCUGUGAUUUGGAAUGUUGGCUGUUUGUUCUGUACUUGUGAGACCUGUUGUACUUGGGAAUCUUAUCACUGAUUAUAACAUGGUCAGGUCAUACACUCAUAUCACAGCAAUGUUGUACUACUUUGUAGAUUGCAUUCCAGAAAAUAACAAUGUGUUCUUUCAGAAAUGUGAAAUAAGUCUUUCACCAGAUAUUUGAUGACCUUUUUCUCUACCCAAUUUGUUCUAUCCCUUGUUUUUCUUAAAGGAAGUAGUUUACACUGAA